UCGUGCUCUGGGUCGGCGCUGCUCAGCACCAAUAGGCGCCCAGCCCAGAAGAGUGGGAGGAGUCUGGCUGCUGCUGAAAGCUUUGAGUAGCUCCGGUGUGUGAGACCUAGCUGUACGUUGGACCCCCUCAUAUGGACAGGAGAAUAUAAACAUGUCCGCCACAGUAGUGAGAGCGACAAUCAGGGCUGUAAGCAAGAGGAAGCUGCAGGCCACACGGGCUGCCCUCACACUGACCCCAGCUGCUGUAAGUAAGGUUAAAACGUUACUUCAAGAUAAACCUGACAAUAUUGGUUUAAAAGUAGCAGUACGGACAAGAGGAUGCAACGGCCUGUCCUAUUACUUAGAAUAUGCAAAAUCUAAAGGACCAUCAGAUGAAGAAGUAGUUCAAGAUGGGGUCCGAGUGUUCAUAGAGAAGAAGGCACAGCUGACGCUUUUAGGAACUGAAAUGGACUAUGUAGAAGAUAAACUUUCCAGUGAAUUUGUUUUUAAUAAUCCCAACAUCAAAGGAACAUGCGGAUGUGGAGAGAGCUUCAACAUUUAAGACCUCAAGACUAUUUUGUUUGCUUUUAGCAUUGUGGAAUCCGUUCCAUCGUCUCCUUCCAUUGUCUAGCACUUGUGUGAGAUCGAUGUCUGAAACAUGGCCCGUCUGUUCCGACUAAAUAAAGGUCCUAUGCAUUCUUAGAACAAUA